AUGUUUGGGGUAUUUGUGAGAAGUGCGCUGCGGCCCAGUGUUGUGAAGCAAUGCCACAUUGUGAGACCUAUCACACAGCUUUCAGAAAGGUCUGCCGCUCACCAAGACGGAUUGCCAAAGCUACCAGUGCCACCUCUCAAACAGACCUGUGAGCGCUACCUCACCUCUUUGGAGCCGAUAGUGAGUGAAGAAGAACUGGCUCACACUCGCGAACUCAUCGAUGAACUGCUGAAAGGUGGUGUUGGUGAGCGUAUACAAAAAGGUCUGGAGAGGCGAGCAAGGAAAACAGAAAACUGGCUUUCAGAAUGGUGGAAGCAGUCAGCUUAUCUCGACUGUCGAAUGCCGGUGGCAGUAUACACCAGUCCUGGUAUUGUACUUCCCCGGAUGCAUUUCCAAGAUCGGCAAGGACAAAUGAGGUUUGCUGCCAAACUUAUAGCUGGAGUUCUUGAAUUCAAAAAUAUGAUUGACACAAACACAGUGCCCAUAGAAUAUUUGAGCAAUAAACCUCUAUGCAUGGAUCAGUAUUAUCAGAUCCUGUCAUCUUGCCGGAUACCAGGACCAAAGCGAGACACUGUUGUCAAUUAUGCCAGCGGAAAUAGUACGCCCCCUACACAUAUCACUGUGGUGCACAAUUUCCAGUUCUUUGUGUUGGAUGUGUACAACAGCGAUGGCACCCCUCUGACAGUGGACCAGAUUUAUAUGCAGCUGGAAAAAAUCUGGAACUCUUCCUUACAGACAAAUAAGGAACCCAUUGGUAUCCUAACAUCACAGCACCGCAACACCUGGGGAAAAGCCUAUAAUAAUCUUGUUAAAGAUAAGACAAACAAGGAAUCUGUUCGUGCCAUCGAAAAGAGCAUCUUCACAGUUUGUUUGGACGCCCCAAAUCCUCGCGUGUCGGACGAGCUCUAUUUAAGCAGGGUAGCUGCGCAGAUGUUGCAUGGAGGAGGGGCCCGGUGGAACAGUGGCAAUCGAUGGUUUGAUAAAACAUUGCAGUUCAUAGUGGGGGAAGACGGCACAUGUGGACUUGUAUAUGAACAUGCUCCGGCAGAAGGGCCACCAGUUAUUUAUCUCAUUGAUUAUGUUGUUAAAUACAUGCAGAAGAGUGAAUUUGUUCGAUCCCCUAUGGUGCCUCUGUCAAUGCCUCAGAAACUACGUUUUAACAUCACAUCAGAGGUCAAAAGAGACAUUGAGAAAGCCAAACAAAACAUGAAUAUGAUGGUUCAUGACCUGGAUGUAAAGGUAGUACUCUUUUCUCAUUUUGGAAAAAAAAUGCCAAAGCAACAUCACCUAAGUCCAGAUGGGUUUAUACAAAUGGCUUUGCAACUGGCCUAUUUUAGGAUGUACAAGAUUUGCUGCUCCACUUAUGAGAGUGCAUCUUUACGAAUGUUUAAAUUAGGACGAACAGAAGGUGUCCGUGUAACUACUAUGGAUUCUUUACGGUUUGUUCAGGCCAUGGCAGACCCAUCCACUCAGAGCACAGACCGACGGACACUGCUGCAGAAGGCUAUCCAGACUCACAGACAAAAUACAUACAAUGCCAUCCAUGGGCAAGGCAUCGAUAGACAUUUACUUGGAUUGAAAAUCCAGAGUAUUGAGGAUCUUACAUCAAUGCCAGAGUUAUUCAUGGACACUUCUUAUGCUGUAGCACAACAUUAUCAUAUCUAUACCAGUCAGGUUGGCUCUAAGACAGACUGCGUGAUGUGCUUUGGUCCGAUGGUGCCAGAUGGCUAUGGAGUGUGUUACAAUCCCAUGGAUGAGCACAUCAACAUCGCCAUCACAGCCUUCAACAGCUGUGAGGACACCAAUGCUGCCAAGUUUGCCCGGGCCAUAGAAGAGGCUCUGUUGGACAUGAGAGCCCUUCUGGAGGAUGCUGUUUGA